AACUUUGCCCCAUUUCAGGCGAGCAAACAAGAGGAGUAUAAAAGGGAGGAAGCUGUCGGGGUUGGGUGUUUUUCGACUGGAGACGCGGCUGGACAGAACUUUAAGCGAGCUGAAAAAGGAGAAAUAGCGCGUGUUUAACCAGACUGUGGGCGGAGCCUGCAGACCCGGAGCCAUGAGGGGGGGGCUAGGAUUGGUCCUGGCCCUCUGCCUGCUGCCCGGGGGCGGGGCAGAGGUGGAGGAAGGGGGCGGGGGCAACCGCUGCAAGCCGGCCCCACCCUGGAGCAUCGGGGAGUCGGAGCCCAUGAAGGAGGCGCUGGGUCAGGUGACGGUGGUGGCCCUCCUACAGGCCAGCUGAUUGUUAUGUUUGGUGCAGGCAUCCAGAAUGGAUAGCCUGCGCCUGAAACUGGAGAAGCAGGGUCUGACGAACGUGACCUACAUGGUGGUCAACCACCAGGGGGAGGCGUCGCAGCGCCUGCACCCGCUGCUGAGGCGGAAGGUGUCCGAGAGCAUCGCGCUGUACCAGCAGCCCCCCGGCCAGCCCGACGUCUGGCAGGCCCUGUCUGGGGAGAAGGACGACUUCCUGAUCUACGAUCGGUGUGGUCGUCUCACCUACCACAUCGCCCUCCCCUACUCCAUGCUGUCCACACCCUACGUGGAAUUGGCCAUCAGAGACACAUACUGCAAGAAUGUGUGUGGAAGCUGUGAAUAUGAGAAUGCAGAGCAGCAGCUAGCCUGUAACCGAACGGUGGAGGAAGAGGGGACGAGCGCUCCUCCCGAAGUGGAGGCGGGUCACGGGCAUGGGCACAGUCACGGGCAUGGUCACGGUCAUGGUCACGGUCAUGGUCACGACCACAGUCACGGCCACCGACACAACCAUGGCGGUCACCAUGGUAGCGCAGAGAGGCGGGGCCACGGGGCUGGCUGUCUGCAGCAGCCCAUCCACCUCCACACCCAGUGCCACGCCCAGCAGCACGACCACUUGCAGGGACAGGUCCACGCCGCCCACGGCCUCGACCAGCAGGUGACGGGCGGCGACCUGGGCCAGGUGCUCCAGCAGGGGGCGCCGGAGCCCCGCCAGCAGCCCUGACAGGCAGGUAGCGGGAGCAGGUGAAAGGUGCAGUACAGCUGAGAGUGGCAGGGGGAGCCCGCCGGCCCCGCCCGCUCCUCCAGCUGAUGCUGACACUGACGGCAGCUGUUCGGCGGCGAGGGGCCCAACGAGGUCGCGGGACUCUGACGCUGCGAGGGGCCCCUGCCCGCCUCCUGACAGUGACAGGGGCGCUCGGGCGACGCCCAGAUCAGAGAGUCCUGACAGUGACGCUCGUCCCCCGCUGCCUGACAGCAGCCGUCCGUUUGAGCCUGACCCCAGGGGUCCCAGUCCUGAGGGUGACAGGGGCAGUAAAGCGGGCCCGUCCCGUGGCACCGACCCCCCUAGAGCUCCCCCUGCAGGCCAGUCGCCGUCCGCGCGCUAAUUGAGCUAAGACACCAUGCCCAGGUGAAUGAAAUAACGAUAGCGGUAGUACCCGCCGGUGUGACGUGCGACGCUGGGCCCUGGAAGGAAGUUUCCAUCUUUACCAACAAGUAUUAAAAGGAGAGGUUUGAGGCAACUCCAGUAUCCAAUCUGAACAGGAGGAGGCGGUAGUGUUCUAAGUAAUUCUAAGUAAUGAAAGAAGACUGGGUUUACACACAGGCAGCCUCUGAGUAUAGACCAAAUUCCACGCUGAGGCAAAUUAGUAAAAGCUAAAGUUGCAUACUUAUUUUAUGUGAACGGCAUAGCAUUACUUAUUAGGGGAACUUGAUUGGACCAAUUCAAUCUAAAUCUCUGAAACAGCUACUUGUUUAGGCCCCCUUGCGUACCAAAAUAAAAGUUUUCGUCAGUGGAUGAAUAAGAACUACAACUGGUCCCUCACUCCUGUGCUUGGAUUGGAGUUGCCUCACCUCUGAAAGGUGCAGUCCGGUCGUGUUGCUACCUUCCCCUCCUUCCCCAAAAAACUCACCUUGCUUUUAUGAGGACAGGUGCGGAAACUACGCUCUAGUGGCGCCUGUCUGAUGUUGUGCAAUUUUCGGAGUUGGGACGGAGGGAAAACAAGCAACGAGGCCGACCGAUCGAGUUAAAAAUAGCAACGAGUUAAAAAUGAGUUUAAAAAAAGACGACACGUAAAUAUUAACAUUAGGCAUAAUGAGCAAAUACCUUAAAAUUGAAACAAAAAUGCAUAUACGGUAAUGUCUGUUUCCUCCUGAGUUUGAAAAAGAAAUUGGCGCGAAUGUCCAACACUGGAGAAAAAACAAGGAGAAAUUUGGUCGUGAAAAUUCCGUUUCUGUGUGUGUAUGUGUGUGUGCGUGUGUGUGUGUUUCAGGGUUUCUGUUUUAUUUUCCAGCAUAUGAUUAACAUCCUAACAGAAGUCUUGAGUUUCCUACUAUAUUCAGCAAGGACAUAACAGCAUUAUAACAAUUAUAUAACACCGUCCAAAACAAAUCACUUAAACAAGCACUCUUAAGAUAAUAAUAAUAAUAAUAAUAAUAUGAUUUUAUACAUAUUCACAAAGUGGGUUAAUUUCAGACUGUCUACAUAUCUGUAUGUAGUACCACAAGAUAACCACUUUGAAAUGAUAUAUAACUAAUUUCAGUUAAAUUACAAAUAAAUUUGCUUGAGGGACACAAGAUGCACUUACACAGAAUGAAACGAUUUUUUGUGCACUUCUGAUGUAUGUUUGGAAACUAACAAAAAAAAAAUUUUUUUUUAACUGUUUGUGCAAUUUCAUUAAUGUAAACAUGGAUGGGUAAAGAAUGAGGUGGCCUUGUAAGAAAAGGUAUUGAAAGUGUUUCAGGGUAGUUGUGUUUUAUUGAAUGAGAACAUUUUUUUUAUACUUUAUGAAGGUCUCUGGGAAAAACUAAGCCCUGGAGAUCCCGAUGCUUUGUAUGAAAAAUGUUUGGCCGACGCAGAUGGCUACGAGAAAAGACCAAGAGCUCGAAGCCUAGUGAGUGAGAAAGACAACGAAUGUUGAAUAAAGUUUGUUCAGACUGUUCUA